AAUAAUCAACAAAUUAGAAACAUAUGACGAAUACAAAAAACUGAAAUCAAGAAACCUAAAACCUAACUCAAACCUUCGCGAACAUGCGUACGGGCGCGUCAAUAGAAUAUGACGCAACAGGUGAGGCGGCGUGUUACUGUAAUCCAUGUAGGAAGUGGGUUGCAUCACAUUAAAGUCACUGUUCGUAACAUUACACUACACUGACUAGCUAGUAACGUGUGUCGUAGGGAGAAUAGUUCAAAAACACCACUGGGUUGCUUGUGAAAUUUCUGUCGUUUGGGUUUGUGUAAGUAGUGUUUUUCGGGCAAACAUCGGUAGUUCUCCAUAGUUUAAACUACAGUCGAAUAUCGGUUUUUACUUCGCGUUUUUAUUCUGUUGAGUUCAACUUUGUAUCCCCUCAUUUUAUGUCGUUUGGUCUAAAUAGUUUCUCAAGGUCUUUAGAAAAUUCGAUCGGGGUAGCUGCUAUUAUUUCACUUCACCCUGGGUCAAAUGAAUGGAAAAUAACGCAGGUGUGAUGUAACAAAAACAAGGGUCGUUGUUAUUUCUUUCAGAAUUACCACUGCACCACCAUUAUUCUGUUGGUGAUCUCAUAAAAUUAAAGAUAAUUCUAAGUGGGUUUACGUCAUACCCCAGGAAGACUCACUAGGAUUCUGAUUAAGUGAACUGCAUAAUUUUUACGUCCCGGACUUACAUGUGUGGGGUCUACGGAAAAAUCAGGUGCGAAGCGUAGUAGUUUUAUAUUUGCCUUUCGAUGAUACACUACACCUAUAUCAGCUCAUAAGUACACUGAAACACAACCUUUAAGUGUCAGAAAGACUGCGAAAUUUGUCGUGAGUCAUCUAUUUGUGAUUAGUGUUUCCAAGUGAGCUAGUAUUAAUGUUGAGAACGUGACAGAGAGAUACAAUUAUUGCCCUAGUAUGAGUUAUUAUGAAAAUGAAUUUGGAAUGGUUAUUUUGGUUCAUCUCAUAAUUCUAGUUCGAGAUAUGACAUUGGAUCUUUUCAAACGAGUCUCUCAGAAUCGUAGCGUAUAUUUCAUAAUGUUUUAAAUCCUCUGCAUCCGAGUAGUUAGUUAGUCAUUUCCAGCUGACUGCAUUACAGCCAAAUUGCAAAGUUUACAAAAAGACCAAAUUCUGCUACAUUAUUUAAAAAAAAUUCUUUUGAAGAUGGAGAAACUGAUACAGUCUAUCAAUAGCAAACUGAAACAGUUGGAGUCACUUGCCACACCAGAAGCAAUACAGUAUGUUGCAGAAUGCCUCAAAGUACGAAAUGAAGAGUUGAUUAACAAGAUAAAGUCUCUGAAAGAUGCCGUUGUUCAACAAGAACUAUUACUUGGGUUAAAUCAGUAUGAAAACCGUAAGGCAAUGUCAAGCGCCCCUACCACGGGUGACAAUUUGUCUUCAACUAAUGCCAAACCGGAGAGUGAAACACCACAUACAGGUUCUGUAAAACCAGAUCAAACAUUGCUAAAGCAAAAAGAUCCUGUGAAAAGUAAACCCAGUGCAAACGAACGUAAGAAACCGGAGGAUAAAACUCAAUCUGCUGAAAAACCAGUUGAUAUUGGGCGUCUGGAUAUGCGUGUUGGUCGAAUAAUUGAUGUCAGUCGUCAUCCUGAUGCUGACUCGUUAUAUGUAGAGAAGGUGGACUUAGGUGGAAAUGAAAUACGAACUGUUGUCAGUGGUUUGGUUAAGUUUGUCCCAAUCGAGCAACUACAAAAUCGAGUGGGAAUAUUUAUGUGCAAUCUUAAACCUGCCAAAAUGCGUGGUGUCGAAUCCGAAGCAAUGCUAAUGUGUGCAAGUGCUCCUGAGACUAGUGGAGUUGAACCUCUUAUAGUUGAAUGUCAGGAUAUACGUUUGGGUGAUUCAGUUAUAGUAGAUGGUUUUACACAUGAUCCUGAUGAACAACUAAACCCUAAGAAGAAAAUUUUCGAACAAGUUAAACCUGAUCUUAGAGUAAAUGAUAAUGGGAUUGCUGUAUAUAAAAAUGUUCCAUGGAAGCUGAAAAAUUCUCCAAAUGCUGUAAUUAAGUCGCUUAAAAUUAAAGAUGCUCAAAUAGCUUAAUUACUGUUUGUAACUUUGUUUUCACAAAAUAUGUUGAUAAACCUCUUUUAUGUUUUGGAGAAAAUUUUUUACUCCUAAAAUAUGAACCGUAAUUGGUGUUACUUAAUGAUUGAAUUACUUCAUAUGAUUCGUUUUCUUUUAAAACCGGUUCAGUUGAAUAGUAAUUGAUUUCUGAAGUACUUGAUUGUAAACACGAGUGUUAUGUUUCCGUUAAA